AUGGCCAUUGAUAUUGUGCAGACUCGCGGCUUGGAGGCGUUCGGGCGCAAAGUCACUGCCACGGCCUCCCAUCUCAUGGCCCCUAAUGCCGAGGCCACCACGCAUCAUUACCAGACGGCUAUGAAGCAGGUCCACAAGCAGUUGGCUCGUCCGUCCGUACAGCAGAGCGUCUUUUCUAUGUCCCGAAGAACGCCCACCGAGAUUGUGCGCUCGAAGCUGUCCACCGCCGAGAUUCAGCAUCGCGCCGUAAGUUUUCUGUCCGACGACUUGCUAUCCAACAUCCCCGAGGAUGACAAUACCUACUCGCUGUUUCAAGGCUUCAAGGCCAGCUUCCCCGAGAUGACAGAAGACGGCAAGAAACACCGUCGCCGCGUAUCCAGGGGCAGAAAGUUGCUGCAAGACAGGGAACGAAUCGACUGUUCCGGAUCUGCGGCCAGCUUGUCGCACGUGCAAAAAGAAAAGGCUGCCAUGAUGCAUGAAUUCGAGCUUCUUGGCAUUCGGAAGAGCAUGGCCAGUAGCGAAAUUCGCGAGAUAGACAAUAAAGUCGCAAACCUGCAAGGGAUGCGCAAGAUCAUUUUGGAACGACUUGCAGGAUUGGAGCAAGAAGAGGCGCUUCUGGAACACGACAUCAUCGACGUUGAGGGACGCUUAGAAGUAGCUCAAGCUCUAGCAGACGAGGCCGAGGUCAUUGCACGAAACACCCCGACCAAGGACGAAGUUGAUCUCGUUGGUGAUGCCGAUGAUUACGAUCCCGAAUUCAUGUCACAAUCUGUAUAUGACAGGCUGCCCGGCUCAACAAACAGUACACCAAAGAGACCAAAAAAGGUUCAUCGCCGCAAGUCCAUGCCUAUCCUUCACGAACAUUUCGAGGCCGGAUCCAACAUACGACAGCUUCGCGCGCACAAAGACACCGUAACUGCCCUGGAUUUCGAUGCGCCUUUUGGCGUCAUGGUGACUGCUGCUCUCGACGACACCGUCAAAGUUUGGGAUUUGAACGCUGGACGGUGCAUAGGAGUGUUGGACGGACACGCGGCCUCUGUUCGAGCAUUGCAAGUUGAAGACAACAUUCUCGCCACUGGCUCUGCGGAUGCCACCAUCCGUCUGUGGGAUUUGAGUCGGUCAAGCUACGAUCCCCAUGGAAACAGUUACGGCGAAGAUGGGGACGAGGACGAAGAUGCCAUUGCGUUUGAGAACCCGCACGACCAGCCCAUUGACCCUCCUGAAGACAGCAUGAAGGACUGUGAGUUGUACACGCUGCAAUCCCACGUUGACGAGGUCACAGCGCUGCACUUCAGAGGCGAUGUUCUCGUCUCGGGCUCCGCAGACAAAACCAUUCGACAUUGGGACCUCGAAAAGGGUCGCUGUGUGCAAACGUUGGACGUCAUGUGGGCAGCGGCUCAAGCAUCGGCCGCCUCCAGCAUCGACGGCGGCUGGAGGCCAACCGGCCGCGCGUCAAACAGCUCGGCUGACUUUGUGGGAGCCUUGCAAGUCUUUGAAUCAGCACUAGCAUGCGGAACGGCCGAUGGCAUGGUGCGGCUGUGGGAUCUGCGAAGCGGUCAAGUUCACCGCAGCCUUGUGGGACACACCGGUGCCGUGACAUGUCUCCAAUUUGAUGACGUGCACCUUGUAACUGGAAGUUUGGAUAGAAGCGUCAGGAUAUGGGAUCUCCGCACAGGCGCCAUCUUCGACGCUUACGCAUACGAAAGCCCCAUAACGAGCAUGAUGUUUGAUGCUAGAAGAAUAGUGAGCGCUGCGGGAGAAGACGUGGUCAAAGUGUACGAUAAAGUUGAAGGUAGGCAGUGGGAUUGCGGCGCGGGCAUCACCGAGGAGGGCAAGAAUCCCGGCAUCGUAGAGCAUGUGCGUGUAAGAGACGGUUAUUUGGUUGAAGGCAGGAGAGAUGGCUUUGUAGGUGUAUGGACAUGUUAG